AUGGCUAGUUAUCCCAGCGAUCCGAAGAAUUCAUUCUUUUCGUUAGAAGACGAUGUAAACGAUGAGACACUUCUGAGAAACGCACCAACCAGGACGGGGCGUUAUCAUGGCUUCGAUGACAUUGACCAAAAUCGCCAACAGUUGCUGCAACGUCAGAAGAAAAUCGAGGAACGCACGGUGCAAUCCUCGAAAAGAUCUGUUUCGCUUUUAAGAGAUUCCGAGCAAAUUGGAGUAGCCACAGCUGAGAAAUUAAUCAGGCAAAAGGAACAGCUGGAGAAGACGGAAGAAAGAUUAGACGAUAUUAACAAUACGUUAAAAGUUAGUCAGAAACAUAUACAAGGCAUAAAGAGUGCAUUUGGUAGUCUAAAAAAUUAUCUUAGUGGCAAAUUAUUAAACGCUCCGCCGAUACCAUCUAUAAAAUUGUCAGAAUCUUCUAAUUCCGGAUCUUCUGCAUUGUUCAACACGUUAGAACAAAUGCAAAAUGACAUGAGCAAUUCCUACUCGUCUACAAUGAUAAGAAGAAAUUACGAUGACAACAGUUUAAAAGAUGUUAAACCUAGUAAUGACAGAAUGACUAAAGUUUUCGAUGAAAAUCUAAGCGAGAUGAGUGAAUCAUUAGCAAGACUAAAACAUCUAGCGAUUGGUUUAACUGAAGAAAUAAAGUCGCAAAACGAUCUGAUUGAUAAUAUCACUGAUAAAACUGAGAAAGCAGAUACAACGUUGCAACAACAAAAUAAAGAUAUGUUAGAUUUAUUAUAAUAUAUAAAUUCUAUAUAAAUUCUACAUUGAGAGAAAUCUUUGGUAAGAUUAACUAACGUUUUGGUUGAAUAGUAAUCAAUUGAAUUUUAUACUUGCCAAAAACUUAAUUAUAUUUAACAAAGCUUAUUGUAAUUUGUUGUA